AUGCUCGGCGCCUCGUGCUUCGGUUACUUCGUGGUGGCCGUAUCAAUGCUUCCGAGCAUAGGGGCGAGCCAGGCCAGCAAUGCCCGCAUGGCGGUUGGAGCCGGCGGUCAAUCAUCGUUUGUGAGACGGGACGGAGAGGACCAUGGCAAGACUCUUCAAGCAGUAUCGAACGACAGAUCUCGGGUGAUUUUGUUUCAAUUCGGCGGCUGUUGGAAGAACGAAGGCAGCGCGCGAAAGAAACACAUCGGUGCUAUGAAGCCCAGCAUGUGCCUAUUGAAAGCCCAGUUCAGCGAAUAUGAAGCUUGCGGCAUGGAGUACCCUCAAGGACAGGCGCAGGAUGGUGUGGCGGAGACUUUGGAUCUUGGUGAGGAGGCUGACCCUAGCAGCUGCCAGAAAGAGCUACUCAUGAAUGUUUUCCCUCUCGGAGAUGCGAACCGGGUGGCGGUCUACGUGGAACGUCAAGGCAAAUACAUCGCCUUUUCUGGAUGCUUCAAGAACGAAGGGGACAAGCGCCAAGAACCCAAUUCCGGUGUCAAGACACUGGUCGAUUGCGUCGAGGAAGCAGCGAAGCAGAACAAAGGCUACUUUGGCAUGGAAUAUUCAGGACUUCACCGCGCACUGUGUGCUUCUGGACUCCCUUCCAGACAUGACCAGGGCUGA